AUGCCUACGCCGUUCCCUCCUAGAAAGCCCUCUACGCCGUCCCGCGCAACACCCGCGAAGUCGAAAGCUACGAAACGCAAUACCAGUCUUCUCAGUUUCUUUCAGAAGGCGGACGGCCCGCCGAAAGCUACGUCCCGGCAAUCGCGGAUUACGCAAUUCGCGACGAAGGCGGAGAGAAGUAAUACUGGUAAUGAGGGCUCCUCGGGGGUGAGGGGUGGGAAUGGGGCUGCUGGUGCCGGGGGUUUGUUUUUGGAGGAUGCCAAGAAGGUGGUUAGUCUUACGAGUGGAGGGGACUAUGUCAGGGAAAAGACACCGGAGGAUAUUUGGGAGGAAGAAGGAGAAGAAGAAGAACGGUUCCAGGAGAAUGGGGGCAGUGUGAAGAAGAGGAGGGUUGGGGAAGCUAUUGCGCUGGAAGAUGACAUUGAUAAUGGGAGUGGGGAGGAUAAGAAGAGGAAGACGGAGAGUGAGAGUGGCACUGAGGAGAAGUCAAAGCCGAAGCCGUCUCGAUCAGUCAGUGGACCGUUCAUUGAUGAGUCGGAUAGUGAGAGCGAGGAUCUUGAGCAGUUCAGGGAAUACGAGAAUGGGACUGAGAAUGAGACCGGGGUAUUGGAUGAGAAGACAAACUCGGCGGAUGAAACCCGGACCCCCGCAGUCGAUGUCGACACACCACCGGUAAGAGAAGCCACGAGCCACGCCGAUGAUGAUUACGCGAAUUUUGACGAUCUAGAAGAGGACGAGUUUCGAGGGGAAGAAGACUUCUUAGGUGCAUUUGACGACGAUGAGGAUUACAAGGGUGAUAUUGGAUUUGAUGAUAGCGGGGUUUUGGGUGAAGAUUUUGGAUGCGAAGCGCCGGUGUGUCCCGUAUGUCAGGCUGUUUUGACAGGCUUGUCCGAGACGGAUGUCUCGGUACAUGUCAAUGACUGUCUUGAUGGGAAGCCUACGGAGUUGCUGAAACACGAGCCAGAGGCGGAGGCAGACCCGGACCCGGAGCCGGGACCGGAGCUAAAGACUACGAAAGGAAUGGGCCUUGCGGACAGGGCUGCUAUUGCGAGACCAGCGCAGCGUGACCCAUAUGCCUCUGGGGUCGCAGGGACGAGGUCGGCUUUUUCGAAGCUCAUGGCCGGCAACGCGGAAGAUACAGCAUGGAGUGCAGCGGCGGCGAACGAGGUUGCGUCCCGUGGCAAACAGGCGUAUCAACGGACGUGUCCGUUCUACAAGAUCAUCCCUGGAUUCUCCCUCUGUGUGGAUGCAUUUCGAUACGGAGCCGUAGAGGGAUGUAAUGCGUACUUCCUUAGUCACUUCCACAGCGACCAUUACAUCGGCCUGACGGGGUCGUGGCGCCAUGGACCAAUCUACUGCAGCAGACCUACGGCCAACUUGGUGUGCCAGCAACUGAAGGUCGACCGGAAGUGGCUUGUACCACUUGAGUUCGAGCGGAAGACGGAAAUCCCGGAUACAGGAGGAGCGCAGGUGACUUUGAUCGAGGCUAAUCAUUGUCCUGGGAGCGCCAUCUUUCUCUUCGAGAAAUCAAUGGGAUCGGGUCCCUCGCAGAGAACACAUCGUGUCCUCCACUGUGGUGACUUUCGCGCCUCGCCGCUUCAUGUGCAACAUGCCCUUCUCCGCCCGGAGAUUGCUGACCCCGCAACCGGCAAGGCUCGCCAGCAACGAAUCGAUGCCUGCUAUCUGGACACUACAUAUUUGAGCCCCAAGUAUGCAUUCCCUGGCCAAGAAGAUGUCAUACAAGCCUGCGCAGAACUUUGCGUUGAGCUCGAUGGGGACGCCAACGACACCAAUGGACGAGCCCGCCCCCCUGGCCGGCUAUUGGUAGUAAUAGGGACGUACAGCAUCGGCAAAGAACGCAUCUGUCUGGGGAUCGCACGGGCAUUGAAGAGCAAGAUCUACGCGACGCCAGCUAAGCAGCGCGUCUGUGCGUGCCUCGAGGAUGCUGAGCUGUCAUCGCUGCUGACAGACGAUCCCACGGAGGCGCAGGUGCAUAUGCAAACGCUAUUCGAGAUCCGGGCGGAAACGCUGGCGGAUUACCUGGACUCGAUGAAGCCGCACUUCACGCGGGUGGUGGGAUUUCGACCAACCGGGUGGACGUAUCGCCCGCCAGCUGGCCGAAUGCUGGACAACCCACCGGUGUCGGUGGUGCUCAAUUCGGCACAUUGGAAGACGCCCUUUUCUGCGAAAGACCUGGUGCCACAGCGAGGGAGUACGCGGGAAAGCGCAUGCUUUGGAGUGCCGUACAGUGAGCACAGCUCAUUUCGGGAGUUGAGCAUGUUCUGCUGCGCACUCCGGAUCGGACGGGUGAUCCCGACAGUGAACGUAGGUAGCCGGAAAAGUCGGGAGCGCAUGAAGGCGUGGAUUGAGCGAUGGGAGGCGGAGAAGCGGAAGAAUGGGUUGUACCGCGUGGAGGGGAAUAGCUGGUAG